AUGAGCCUGCGGCGAAAGCUGGACAUCGUAGCUCCAUCCCCAGCCGAAGCGCGCAGCAGCCUAUCGACAUCAGCCAGCGAUGGCAAAGAACCGAUCACACAGAAUGCCAUCCUGCCUCUGCCGGCAGAGGUCAUUGCUCAGCUCAAAUCGUCCAUCACCAUCACUGACUUGAACGAUGUCGUCUUGGAGCUACUCAAGAACUCACUGGAUGCUGGAGCUACCAAGAUAGAAGUUACUGUAGACCUGCGUCGAGGAGGCUGCAUAGUCGAAGACAAUGGACUAGGGAUCCCGCCCAGGGAGUUUCGAGAUGACGGGGGGUUGGGGAAGCAGUAUUGCACUUCAAAGCAUUGCAGUGCUGGUGAGCUAUACGGCGGCACCGGCAUAUUCCUCGCAUCUCUGGCGGCGCUCUCCUUAUUGACGAUCACCUCACAUAACCAUCUAUAUCGUUCAACCAACACCGUGACUUUACACCGAGCUCAGGUGAUCUCUAGGAUGCUGCCAUCUCCGGCAUCGCAUGACCUUAGCUUUCGCGAACAUGGCACAAGGGUGGCUGUCCGGGAUCUGUUCGGCAACAUGCCAGUGCGAGUGAAGCAGCGCGCUCUUCUAUCUGAAGAAAAAGCCAAGAGCGAGAGGCAGUGGGAGAAUCUCAAGAGGGACAUUGUUGGGCUGUUGCUGGCGUGGAGUCGGCCAGUCACUCUAAGAGUCUGCGAAGCGGACAAGACCAAGAACUUCGUCUUGAGCACCGCGCAAAAAGACGCUGAGAAGCAGCCUUCAGCUUUGGCACUGUCGUCCAUGCUUGGACUGUUAACUCAGUCCGCUCACAUAUCAAGCGAAGAUCGUGGCAAUUGGGUGCCGAUCUCAGCAGCGACGGCUGAUCUAUCAAUCAAGGGGGCAAUUUCCUUGAAGCCAGCACCUAGCAAAUAUUGCCAGUUCAUAUCUAUCGGUAUUGAGCCCAUCUACGCACACGAAGGCCACAACGAGCUGUACGACGAGGUUAAUCGUCUGUUCAACCUUUCCAGCUUUGGUACUGUUGAUGAUACGUCAGACCUCGAUGAUGUGGAACGGGAACGACGUAGUAAAGAUAGGAGAUACAAGAGUGAUGGUUUCACCAACCGCCAGAUGAGAAGCGGUCGUAAAGGUAUCGACAGGUGGCCGAUGUUCUGUCUCCGGAUCGACUUUAAGAGCCUUUCGUCUAGGAAGCCACUAGGGACCCAUUUUGUCAAUGACCAAUCCAACCUUCGAACUAUCAUUGAGGUUCUGGAGGCCAUGGUAAGUCGCUGGCUUACAGUGCACCAUUUUCGGCCUCGCAAGUCCAGAGCCAGAGGAAGGGAAUACGGUUCGAGCGGUGAAGCGUCCCCCAGCAGCGCUGCAUCACCAGUAGGUAGUCCUUUCGAAGACGAAGCGCUCGAAUUUGAUCCACAGACUACCAACCAAAUUCGUGAUCAGCAGUCGACCCGGAGGCCUCUAUCUAGCUCAAAGUCCAUCGUAGCUACUCUGCGUCCAGGUUCGAGGAAACGAAAGCGCAGUGAACCGAAAAAUUCGGCAUUACGAGAAGGGCGCGACUCUGGCAAUCUACCUUACGGGGGUGCUCCAGUCUUUAAUGAAUGGAGCCGGAUAAAAAGUGGCAACUCUUCCUUCUACGACGAUCUUUGGAGCUCCAAGACACCACCGACGAAGCCAGUGUCUGCGCCGGCUGGACAGCAGCAUUCGGAAGUUAUACCAGGUCUAGAGGCUCGUUCAAGAGAAGGACCAAAGAUCUCUUCAAAGGGCACUGUUUUCGAUGUCGAGCUAAUCCUGCCCGGACAACUGACAUCGACUCACGUACGGAUGGACGCUUCUGCACGCUGGUCAACUCCCGCUAUGCUCAGAGGUUGCGAAAUUGCCGAAUCCUCUCAUUCGACACCACUGACUACUGAACAUGAUGAAGCCCCUAUCGACGAAACGAUGACUUGGAUGGAUCCAGCGACCAAGGAUGUCUAUCUUGUCAAUGCCCGUACCGGAGCUGUAGUCAGCAACAACGCACGCCGCACGGAGUCAGAUUCGGCACCAAUUCGAAAGGCUGCAAUCACUCUUCCAGGGUUCAACAAGAGAUUAAGCAUGCCGAGCAGAAACCAGGCGGGCCCUUCUCACGAACCUCGAAGCGAGUGGAUGGACGAGUUCCUCGGCACAUGGAGCAACCCAGUAUUUAGCAAGACUGAACAGAGCAUUCCUCAAGCUUUCUUCGACGCACCAGAGAACGGUAGCGUCGAGGCAUCGUCUGGCCACCACUGCGGUCGUCAAAACACUGACAACCAGCUCGUACAGUCGUCAGCUAUAGUUUCUGGCAGACUAUCAAAGGCCGCGCUUAGAAAUGCGGAAGUCAUUGCUCAAGUGGACAAGAAAUUCAUCCUAGCAAAGAUGAGCAAUCCCCAGACCGAUGUCACCGAUCGAACCGGCACAGGAUCCGACCCGAAGCAGGUCUUGAUCCUUAUUGACCAGCACGCAGCCGACGAGCGCUGCCGGGUAGAAGACCUGCUUGGAGAGCUGUGCGAACCCGCCUCAAGCGCGGAGGCUGUAUAUCGAUCCAACCUGGGCCACGAGUCUCAGAUUGCGUACACGAUAUUGGAGAGACCUGUUAAUAUACUGGUCUCGGCCCAAGAAGAUCGUCUGUUCCAACUACACGCAGCCCACUUCGCCGAAUGGGGCAUUCUCUACGACCUGACACCUCCAGCUACGGACAAGUCCACUCAUACCAAAGCAUCCUCGCAGACUUUAGUGGUAAAGACGUUGCCACCCGGCAUUGCCGAGCGCUGCAAAGUCGAGCCCAAGCUCCUGAUAUCGCUCCUCCGUUCUGAGGUCUGGAAACUCGCAGAAAGUCCACCAGUCGCUCGCCAUGACGGGGAUGAAGCCCCCUCACCGGCACUGGUAGCGGGUGCUUCGUCGAGUCCACAUUGCGAGCCUUCAUGGCUUCGCCGUAUCGGCCACUGUCCGCAGGGCAUACUCGACAUGUUGAACUCGCGCGCCUGCAGAAGCGCUAUCAUGUUCAAUGAUGUUUUGACCGUCAAGCAGUGCGAAAGGUUGGUGGAGAGGCUGGCGGGGUGCGCAUUUCCGUUUCAGUGCGCGCAUGGGCGGCCGUCGAUGGUUCCGCUUGUGGAGUUGGGCAGGGGUGGGCAGGUGGAGAGAAACGGGGAGGUCAGUGAUGGACUUGUGUUUGGCUCUGCUGGUGAUGGUGAUCGUGGUGAAGCGGAGAGCUAUGGGAAGGCGUUCGUGGCAUGGCGGGAUAGGGCGACGGCUACCGAGGAGUAA